UUUCGACGCUACUUCUCGAAAUGAGCCGGCGUCUUGCUAGUCGCUAGUCCGUGGCCGGUUAUCAGAAUGUCCAAGCGCCGAUAGUCGCCCUCCGUGUCGAUAUUUUCGAAAUUCGAGCAGUUUUCUAAAGUGGUAGAAAUACUAAACAGCGGGCGCCAUGGAUCCGGAGGCAUUCUUGGACAUCGCCAAUCAGGUGGUGAAACUGAAAAUGUUUCCCUAUUUCGACAUCGCCCACUGCACGCUUUGCGCUCUCUCAGUCAGGGAAGAUCUUGGAACCGGAGCACAAGCAUUUUCAAGAAAACAUCCCUUAGCAUGCUGGUUGUCCUACAUGUUGGUUGUAUUCGCGGGGGGCAUGGUAGCGAACGGACUCCUUGCAGAACCAAUUUUAGCACCACUUAAAAACAGUCCACAAAUUUUGGUUGCUACAUUAGUCUGGUAUAUUGUAUUUUACACACCGAUGGAUCUCGGAUACAAAUUGGCAAAGUUCUUACCAGUAAAAAUAAUAUUUUCUGCAAUGAAAGAAAUCUACAGAUGUAAGAAAGUGUACGAUGGUGUUACACACGCCGCUAAACUUUAUCCCAAUGCAUAUCUAAUAAUGGUGAUUAUUGGUACACUUAAAGGUAAUGGCGCUGGAUUCACUAGACUUUUAGAAAGACUUAUUAGAGGAGUUUGGACACCAACAGCAAUGGAAUUUAUGCAAGCAAGUUUCUACACAAAAGCGUCCCUUGUAGCAUCCAUUAUCUUUAUUCUCGACAAAAAGACAGAACUGAUCUCAGCUCCUCAUGCACUCGUUUAUUUUGGAAUCGUUAUAUUCUUUGUUUACUUCAAGCUUUCAUCUAUUAUCCUUGGCAUUCACGAUCCUUUCAUUCCAUUCGAAAAUCUGAUGUGUGCGUUAUUUUUUGGGGGGAUCUGGGACAGUUUAGCAAAAAUAUUUGGAAGGGGACAACUGAAAGAAGGAGAAACUAAAGAUGCAAAGAAAACAAAUUAGAAAGGGCAUACUUGAAGCAGAUAGUUAAAUUUGAUAAAAGUGCGGAUUAUCAAAUUUACCUUUCCUAGAUGCUCAUUUUCGACAAUCUUAUGAUAUUGUGACUUAUUGUACCAGAACAUUUUAUUUGUAUUAAAUUAUUCCAGUUUUAA